AUUUGGAUUUAGUGAUACCUUCAUAUUCGUCGCCGUCCUUCGCUCCAUUUGCUUCCUCUCUCCCCCGCCAUUGAUGAUUUCCUGCACUGUCUUUGUUUCUGAUUGAAAUCGAGUGUGUUUUGUCGUGUUGAAUUCUUCUUCUUCGGCUAUGUGAUUCGGUGAACAUCUUUGAGUUGAAGUGUACUUUGUAUGGAUUAAUGCAAGUAUUUUGUGUUUGGGAAGAGGAUCGAGGGGUAUAAUCAGUGAACAAAGCCUCGAGGUCAUUGAUGUUUAAUGCGUGAUUGGAUUGGAGAUUCCUGUUUGUAGAUCGAGGAGUCAUUUGUCAGCCUUCUGAACGAGGAUUAUUAAUCAGGAAGAAGAAGAAUGAUGAAUUUUCGAUGAAUGGAAUUUUCUACUCGGUCGAGAAUGGAGCGGAACUAUCCGUAUGAGAAUGGAGUGAUGAUGACGAGAGACACGAAGCCAAGACUGAGAUGGACAGCUGAUCUUCACGACCGUUUUGUAGACGCGGUCACCAAGCUUGGUGGCCCUGAAAAAGCAACUCCCAAGUCUGUGUUAAGAUUGAUGGGUUUAAAGGGCUUGACUUUGUACCACUUGAAGAGUCAUUUACAGAAGUAUAGACUUGGACUGCAAACUCGAAAGCAAAAUGUGGCUGAGCAAAGGAAUCAAAGUAGUGGGACUCUGAGCAACUUCAUUGGAGUUGAGGACGAUGAGAGAGGGAUGAAAAUUGCUGAGGCACUAAAAUCACAUGUUGAUGUGCAGAAAAUAAUACUAGAACAACUUGAGGUACAAAAUAAACUACAAAUGAGAAUAGAAGCUCAAGGAAAAUACUUGCAAGAUAUCUUAGAGAAAGCACAAAAGAGUCUGGCACUUGCCAUUAACAGUGACCUUGGUAGUCUUGAAAGCACAGGAAUGCAGCUAUUAGGCUUUGACGUGGCUCUGUCAGAUCAAAUGGAAAAAAGUAAGAAACAAGAAAUGAGAGGAAGCAUGACGACUGUAAACGAUACUUGUAAGAAGACGGGCGACUCACCCAUCCAGAUGUGCAAAGUGGAAGCUGGAGAAGAAGCCACAAACGAGUUUAAUGUUGAAAGGAAUAUGAUCAACUUUGAUUUGAAUUCAAAAGGUGGCUAUGAUUACAGUUCGAAUGGGGCUGAAGUACUUGAGGCCAAUGUGCUUCCUUGCUCGAGGUAAUCAACCAUGCCAGUGUCGAUCAUUUCAGGAUACAGCUUUUGAAGCUUCUUAUCCUCCACCUAUUUCGAAGUUUGUCGAGCAACAUUCAAAGAAUCUAUGGUAAGUUCAUACCCUCUUCUUCUGCAUAUGCCACUUCCCUUCGUUCAUAUGAAGGAAGAGUUUAUAUCGACAUAUUUGGUUUGGUAAUGAUCCUUGUUUUAAGGCCGAGUUUUUUUUUAUUAAGCUCACUCGACGAAUUCGAAAUUUGAACUA